AUGAAUGUCGAAGAAAUUACAAAGCUUAAAAAUGAAUUCAAUAAAGCCAUUUCAGGUGGCAGGGAACCUGUUGCAAUCGAUAUUCUUAAAAAAUUAAAGGCAGAAGUUAAUGCUACCAAGGAUUUACUGAAGAAAACUGAAAUCGGAGUUUGCGUCAACAAACAAAAAACACACACCAAUCCAAACAUUGCCAAUCUUGCCAAAGACAUUGUGAAAAAGUGGCGAACCGACGUUCAAAAUGAUGAAAAAGUAAAGAAAAAUAAAACCCAUGAAGUUCGCCAAGCGAAUGGUGCACCAGCGAACGCGAAACAAUCAGUCACCAACAAUAAACAAACUUCUAAUGGUUAUUCGAAACCCGUUCAGUCACAUAAAGUUCAAAGAUCUAAUUCUCAAAGCUCUACUGCUCCAACGCCGGCCACUUCAUUACCGAAUACGCCUUAUUCAGAUGGCGGUGGCGGCGAAAGGAACUUCAAUUCAGAUGGUGUCAAAAUUGAUUCAUCUAUUGACAAAAAACGUAGUAAGAUGAUUGAGAUUUUAUAUAAUGCUCUUGUUUUUGAUUCUCUUGUGGAUUCUUCGAUAAUUCUUUCAAAAGCGACUGAAAUCGAGGAACAAGUGUACAGGCAAUUUAAUAAUACGGAUAAAGAGUACCGUGAGAAAUUACGAGGCUUGAUAUUCAAUUUAAAAGAUCGCUCGAACCCCAGAUUAAGAUGUAACGUAGUAGAUGGCGAGCUGGCAGUUCAAAGAUUGUGCACUAUGUCAAAACAGGAAAUGGCAUCAGAAGAAAGAAAAGCUAAAGAUGCUAAAAUACGAGAGCAGCUCCUUUUCAAAGCCCGUGGUGCGGGUCAACAAGAAGCUGAAACCGAUGCUUUCAGAUGUGGAAAGUGCGGUCAACGUAAAACUACCUAUUACCAAAUGCAGGCACCUUUAUGUGGUCAAAGAAAAGAAGACUUAAGAGAGUCUAAAAAAGUAUUGGAAAUUAUAAGUACCAUAUAUAAAGAACCUUAUAUUGAGAUUCAUGCAAAGAAUAGGAUGUUUGGUUCAGCUUUUGUUCACAACAGUAACCUUUCCUAUGUUCAAGGACGGACAGACACUUCAUUUAUUGGAGAGACGAUUGGUGAUUUCCUUGAUAGCAUAAUUUCAAAAUAUGGUGACCGCCAAGCACUAGUUGUGAAACAUGAAAAUAACCUACAUUGGAGCUAUCGUCAAUUUGGCGAACAAAUUGAUGCAUUGGCUCGAGGCCUUUAUAGAAGUGGCUUGCGGAAAGGCGAUCGAAUGUGUGUGUUUAUGUUCAACAACAAUUCUGCAUGGGCUACGAUACAAUAUGCCACAGCUAAAAUUGGUGUAAUCUUAGUGGCCAUCAACCCAUCUUACCAACUUUCUGAGAUUAGACAAAUUCUUAAUGAUGUUAGAUGCAAGUCGCUUCUGCUUUCUUCGGAUCCCAAAUCAGCACGUUAUAUUGAGCUAAUCAAAGACCUUAUACCCGAGUUGAGUGCUUGCCAACCCAAUGAAUUGAUCGCGGAAGCACUUCCGGAACUAAGGCAGGUUAUUGUUGUGGAUACACAUCAUCCCAUAAAAGAUUUUGAGAAUUUUCGGGGAAUUAUACGGUUUCACGAGAUGUUUGAAAGAAGUGUCUUGGCAAAUGAUGUGUUAACAGAUGUCAAAAAGACUUUAAGCAACAAAGACAUUAUUACCAUUCAGUUCACCUCGGGGAGCACAGGCGAUCCAAAAGGUGUUUCAUUGUCACAUCGUAAUGUUCUCAACAACGCAAAGAGUAUUGGUCAUAUCAUGGGCCUUACACCGGAUGAUGUGUUAUGUAGUCCAUUUCCAGUAUACCAUUGUUCUGGUUUUGUUUUGAGUAACCUUGCAACUUUGAGCUAUGGAGCUUCUGUCGUUUAUCCAAAUGGGGAUUUUAAUGCAGAGAAAAUUUUGCGUGCAAUCGAAGAAGAAAAGUGUACAGCCCUACAUGGUGCACCCACAAUGUUUAUUGAAGAGAUGAAUCAUCCAAAUUUUCAUAGAUUUGAUUUAAGCAGUUUGAGAACGGGAGUCAUAGGCAGUGUACCUGUCCCUGUUGAAGUGAUGAAAGCUAUCUUAGACAAAAUGCAUUUGAAAGAUUUGGUCAUUGGGUAUGGCAUGACAGAAACGUCCCCAGUUUCUUUUGCGACCAGUCCAACAGAUUCACUACAACGACGCGUUGAAACUGUUGGAACGAUACUACCCCACAUUCAGGCCAAGAUCAUUGAUCCAGCUACGAAUCAGAUAUUACCUGUGAAUAAAACAGGAGAAUUAUGUGUGAACGGGUAUUGCAUUAUGGAAGGCGGGUACUGGAAUGAUGAGGAGCGAACAAAAAAAACAAUGAGUAUUGACGAAAAUGGUAUUAAAUGGCUUCAUACAGGUGAUAUUGGUAAAAUUGAUCAAGACGGAUACUGUACGAUUUUUGGUCGUAUAAAAGACCAAAUCUAUUGUGGCAGUGAAGAAAUAUCACCAUCCGAGGUUGAAAACAUUAUAUUUCAACAUCCUUCUGUUAAGCUUGUAUCGGUGAUAGGUGUACCUGAUAUGGUGUUUGGUGAAGAGAUAUGUGCUUGGGUAAUUCCAAAGCACGGCGAGAUUGUCAGUGCUGAGGAGAUUCGGCGGUUUUGCGAGGAUAAACUACCCGAAUACAAAAUACCCAAAUAUGUAAUGUUUACGGAGAAAUUUUCCAAAACAACGACCGGAAAAAUUACGAAGUGCGCGCUUCGGGAACAGGCUCGGAAAAUACUGCAGACAUAA